GUGAGCUUCUGACGUCAUGUGUCAAUCGCAGACCUCGUAAAUACUUCCGCCUUGAGCCCUGUUGUCAUGGAAAUCAGCGCAAUUGCUGUCACCGCCCCGGCGGCUCUCAGGGGCCCAAUAAUUGGAGAUAUCGGUAAGGGAGGAGAGAAUAGUGCCGCGGUUUUAUGUCAGCCUGUUGGUAUUUCGGGUCAUGUCGGAUAGCGGGAUGUUUUAUCUCAGCGCUCAGUGUGUCAGACAGAAGGCUGCAGCCUCACAGCUACCACUAGCAAGGAAAUACAGUGUCUGUCUGUGUCAGUCUGCAAUGCAUACUUCUCUACAGCACCGAUCACAAGCUGUAUUACUGACAGCUAUGGCAAUAACAAAGGGACAUUAUAUUAUACCCCACCUCCUCUACUCCCUCCUUCUACCAUAAUAGUCCCCUACUUUUACCAUUAUAUACCCCUGUCUCUCCUCCUCCUCCUAUCAUAAUAUUCUCCUGUGUCCCUCCUCAUCCUUAACCAUAAUAUUCCCCUCCCUCCAAAAUAUCCCUGUCUUACCUCCUCCUUCUGCCAUAAUAUUCUUAUUCUUUGUCUUCCUGCAACCCUGAUGGACAUCCAGAUUCAUACCUCCCAAAGGUCUCUAUUUAGGAAGGGAAGUCCCUUUUUCUUUCCUAUCCAAAUGACCCUCUUUGUAGUAACUCUCAUGUGUCUGAUGAGCUGUUGUUUGGCCCCGACACCGCCCCACCUCCUUGACAAUUUCAGCCAAUUCAAUGCUUUUUCUAUGGGAAAACAUUGGAUUGGCUGAGAUCAUCAAUUCUUUAGGGGCGCACAUCAUUGUGGCGGCAUUCCCAAAUACUAAGGGGAAUGCCGCCGGUCUCUUACCUAUACGGCCGACGCCCGUCGGGUCAGCUCAUGCUCUUGAUCGGUCUCAGUCCGGCGGCAUUCCCACAUGGUUAUGGGAAUGUCGCCCAUCACUCACUCCUGGUGAUGGCUCCUCCUCCUCUCACAGCGGCCGGGUCUGUAAACGUUAGAUUUAAAGGUUUUUUUAGUUAACCCUUGAAGUGCCAUUUUAUGAUUGAUCUGUGGGUGUGCCACACACACAAGCCCACAAACACAUGCUUCCCUGCAGCCAAUCAGGGAGUGCCUUAGACUAUUUAAAUCUGUUUUGUCCAUUUCUCUGUGCCCUGUCCUGGUUUCCAUUGUGGUUAUCUGAGAGCGCGUUCCUGGUAUUGAUUCUAGUGUUUUUGACCUUGGCUUCCCUUCUGACUAUCCGAUCUCUGACUAUUCUGUAUUCUCCAUUCCUUGACUCGUGACUUGUUCAUUGUUUCCGUGAUUUCUGCGUCUUGUCUUUAUCCGGUCUUGUGGUUUUUUCCUUUAUACGUUAAAUCCGGCCAUUCUAAUGCCCGGUAAUACGUUUUAGGAUUUUCCUUUUAUAUCUACUUAAGUUCUGUGUGUUGGGCAUCAGCUAUUCCUGACAUGAUGUCAGCUAAGGAGGGGGAACAAGAGCAUAGCCAGGGCCGGCAGAUCCACACGGCACUGGAAAUAAGGUGAGCUUUCACCCUUUUAAAACCCUUUAGUGACCAGAAUGUUUUUGAAUUUUCUUACAAGGGCUGUUUUUUUACAUUUCUGCUGUGUUUGUGUUUAGCUGUAAUUUCCCUCUUACUCAUUUACUGUACCUACACAUAUUAUAUACCAUUUUUCUCGCCAAUAAAUUGUCUUUCUAAAUAUACCAUUAUUUUCAUCAUAUCAUAUAAUUUACUAUAAAAAAAUUAUAAAAUAUGAUGAAAAAAUAAAAAAAAAAACACUUUUUCUAACUUUGACCACCAAAAUCUGUUACAUAUCUACAACCGCCAAAAAACACCCGUGCUAAAUAGUUUCUAAAUUUUGUCCUGAGUUUAAAAAUGUUAACAUGUUCUUAGCUUUUUUUUUUUUUUUGCAAGUUAUAGGGCAAUAAGUACAAGUAGCACUUUGCUAUUUCCAAACCAUUUCUUUUUCAAAAUUAACGAAAGUUACAUUGUAACACUGAUAUCUGUCAGGAAUCCCUGAAUAUCCCUUAACAUGUAUAUAUUUUUAAAAGAAGACAACCUAAGGUAUUAAACUUGGGGUAUUUUGACUCUUUUCAACCAUUUUACCACCAAUCUAUGCCAAAUUAAUCACCAUGAUCACAUGGCCGCAACAGGGGUCUAUGGAGCUGUCAGCAGGGGGAGCAAGUGUAGAGAUGCCAAGGCCAUAUCGUCACAAUAUUAUUUUGUGUCAGGACAAGUAGAUUGUCCUGUUGGACCAGUAGCUUCGGCUACCACUUUAGUCCAAUGAACAAGUAGAUUUAUUUUAAAAAUGCCAUACGCCUGGUAUUGACAUAUGCAUAUACAUUGCCACACACAUAAAGAUGCACAUUGCCACACACAGAAACACACUAGCACUGCCUUACAGAGGCACACAUAAGUACACACAGGUACACUCCAAGAGACACAUACAUACACACUGAAAAACAUAUUGACAGCUACGUAGAUAUACAAUGACACUCACACACAUGCACAGAUACAAACACACAGAUCCACAAACACUGGUACACACAUACACACCACAGAAUAGACUAAUCUCUAAACUGGAGACAAUUUAUUGUAACAGUGUUUUCUAAGUUCAGUGUUGAACCUGCCAUCUUAUCAUGCUAUAAAUACUUAGUGUAAUCAUUAUAAAUGAGGCCCUCAAUUAUGCUUAAAAAAAAAAAUUAUAAUUGGCCUUUUCAAUGAUACUAAAAUAUUUAUUGCGUAUAGUUGAAACUAAAAUAUCCUGGAUAUAUGUAAAUUAUUGUAGAGGCCUAUCAACAUACAUUUUCAACACCUGUAUGCACUAUAACGACUUUAUCUUUUGGAAGAUGUUAUAGUGCCCUAAACAUGCUCCGUUUUGUCCAGUUUCCCAAAUUGUUGUAGCUUUCUUGUAUGAGAGCUAGAGAAUGACUUCUAGCCAAGCCCCCCAAUCCCUUUAUAUCAGAGAGCCAAAAAAUACACUUCCCGCCUCUCAUACCCAAAAAUACCCAGAAAUCAGCACACAUGAACGAGCCUCUUAGAAGUGCGGUAAUUUGUGAGUGGUGAGCUGUCCAUGAACUCCAACUCAUGAACACCAUCACCGCGUGCAUCCGUUUCAGCUUUUCAUACAGAAUUAUAGAGUUCAAUGAUUCUCUAUGAGAAUAAUUUCUUUGGCGCAUCACAUUAAGAACUGCACAUAUGUAUAAGGUCCACACUGCUUUUGAAUGAGAAGCAUUGGAUUGGACCACUGUCCUUUGACCUCAUGACAUCAAAAGGGGUGAAGCAGUAUGCCACAAGGGAGCUACUGAUGGCGCUGGAAUAAGUAGCUGAUUUAUUUUACACACUAUUUAUUAACACAUCACUUGUCAUAUUUCUACAAUAUUAUUGAGACAAAGGGCUUAUGUCACAGUACAGUGUUCUUUAAAAAAAAAAAAAAAAAAAAAUUUUUUUUUAUUAUUUCGUCAAUUAGGAAAUUGGGCUGACAGAACACCUGUUCACGAUGCUUCAAGAAAUGGACAAGCAUUACAACUGAAGGAGUUGAUUGACAGUGGGAUCUGUGUGAACCUGGUCACAGUAGACUCUAUAACACCCUUACACGAAGCCUGCCUCAAUGGGCAUACUCACUGUGUUCAGUUACUUCUUGCUGCUGGAGCCCAGGUUUGUAUUAUGUCUAUUUUGGAUUUGUAUUUAUAUCUUUUACAUUACUCUUUACAUUGUGGAUUUUAUACACCUUGACUCGAAGAUAAAAAAAAAACAAAAAAAAAACUCCAUCAGGGUUAUUCACAUAGUGAUAAUUCAAGGUGAAUGUAAAGUGGAUUUAAAAUUUAAGGCAAACCUAGCUGAACUGGACACAUUCUCAAUGUCCGCUAUGCUUUUAGUUCAGCUACUUUGGCCUUCACUCUGAAUUCUCACUUUAGUAAAUAACUCUUUCUAAGUACGAGUACAAAAUAGAAGGUAAUUUUGCAAAAUUACAAAGUAGAUAAUGAAUUUUGUUUUUAUACCGUGUAUUAAAUGCAAUCUUUGUAUCUUUUACUGGGUCCUUAUUAACCUCUAUAAUUCAUUCUUUAGAUUUUAAUGUUAGGUUUUCUGUUUACCUAUAUAUUAUAAAGCACUGAGGAGAACUAUAUAACAUAUAUUCAAUGUUUAACUUUUUGUUUUGUUUUAAAGUUAUAUAGAACACAUAUUUUUACUAAUACUGCCAUUUUAAUGUGCUCUUUAUUCUAUUUGGCAUAUACUGUCCUUUUACACAUCUCUAUCAUUACGGUCUGAAUCAUACAUACUAACACAAAAAAAUGUGAGGCAGAGAAGAAGCUAGAAUAGAACAUAUCUGUACUUCUGGUGUCCAGUCUUAGCCAUAGUAAAAGGAAGGCAAUUAAUGCCUGAAAAGCAAAAACAUAGUCUGACAAGCCAGGGUCAGGAGUACAGAGAGACAACCAUGUGAAGAAUUAAAACCUUAAUCCAAAAGUAAAAAUCAGAAACGCAUACUCCGUAAAUCACACACACUUGGACACAUAAAACAUAACAGGGCAUAGCAGCAAUCAAGAAGGGAGUUUAUAUAGUUAUAAGAUAUUUCCUAUUGGAAAGUGAUAUCUUCCUGUGCUAGUAAAUGGAAAUUAUGCUGGAAUGACACCAUUGAUAAUGGCAUGCUAGCAUGAUGUAGGUUAGCAAUGUCUACCAAGGUAUCUGUGGUAGCGAGUUGCACCAAAAUGAAUAUGGAAAGGUUGCCUGAUAAUGGUGUCAUUGGAGCUGGAUCCAGUGUCAAAAUCUAUAUGUAAAGUACGCACAGCACAGCCAGAGUUUGGUUAUCGUUUCCUACAAUACUAAAUUUACUUAGAAGUCGCCUUCAAUUCCAUAUAAUUCACAGUUUAUUGAAUAACCAUGUUUAUGUAGCAUUAAUAUUCUAGGUUAGGGGUAGGCAACUUCGGCACUCUAGAUGUGGUGGACUACAUCUCCCUUAAUGCUUUGCCAGCAUUAAAUCUGUGAGAGUUUUAUUGGAGACGUAGGUCUAAGUCUUUCUAGUCAGAAAUGCAGUAAUUCACCAAAAUCUUUUUUGGUCCCUCUAACCAAUAAAAUGGUUCAGUAUACAUAUCAAUUUAAAUUUUUUAUUCAGGUUGAUGCUCGGAAUAUUGAUGGAAGUACACCUCUCUGUGAUGCAUCCGCUGCUGGCAGUCUUCAGUGCAUAAAACUCCUUUUAGACAAUGGCGCUAAAGUGAAUCCUCCACUUUUUACUGCCUCCCCACUCCAUGAAGCAUGUAUGAGCGGUAAGCAUUAGGUCAUUGUCAACUACUGAGAGUAUGGCUAGCAGAGUUCUAUAACCUCUUACAAGAAUGUUUGCAAUUAAAGGAACACUAUAGGGUUAGGAAAACAAACAUGUAUUCCUGACCCUAUAAUGUUAAAACCAUGAUCUGGUCCUCCCUUGCCUCUAUAAAUAUAGCAAAAUCUUACCUUUAUUGCAGUCUGCUGCUGCUGCUGCUAGCUCUGCCCCUGAUCUGCCUGUUGGGCUGACAUAAUCAGAGGUGGUGUUCUGAGCCAGUAAUGAUGCUUUCACAUAGGAUUGACUGAGCUUGUCAAGGAGGCAGAUCAGUGGCAGAGCACUAGUCAAUCAGCAUCUCCUCAUGGAGAUGCAUUGAAUCAAUGCAUCUAUAUGAGGAAAGUUUAGUGUUUUGAUGCAUAGGGUGGAGACACUGAAUGUCAGAGCUGUGCACUGUGCAUCAUUGUCCCAGGAAGCACCUCUAACAGCCAUAUGAGGAGUGGCCAGUGGAGGUAUCCCUAGGCUGUAAUGUAAAUACUGCAUUUUCUCUAAAAAGACAGUGUUUACUGCAAAAAGCCUGAAUGGAAUGAUUAUACUCACCAGAACAAAUUCAAUAAGCUGUAGUUGUUCUGAUGACUAUAGUGUCCCUUUAAAUUUUUUUUUUUCAUUUUCUAUAUGUUUUUUAUUGUAAUUUAUGUGAUGCUGAAGGUUAUAAUCUCUACUAUAACAUUGCAGUUAUAUUUUAAUUUCAGUUUCCAGUAUAUUUUAAACAUCAUCAUUGAAACUAUUGGAUAUUCUUCCAGUUGUAUUUUUUGAACGCAUAUAAGUAAUGCUAGUUAGACAGACUUAUUGUAAUUGUAAACUCUUUUAGGUAAAUCUGAGUGUGUGAAGUUUUUAAUAGAUGUGGGUGCAAAUCUUGAAGCUCAUGAUUGCCAUUUUGGUACCCCCUUACAUGUGGCCUGUGCAAGAGAACAUAUUGACUGUGCCAAAGCUUUACUCAGUGCAGGUAAGUAAAAUCUAAUUUUAAUUAUGAAUUAAUAGGUGGUAAUAUUUAAAAGAACAUUAUGGCAUCCCUCUAAAAUUUCUAUUUCUCCAUCUUGGUUAUUUAUAAACAGAAAGUGUAUACAUAAUGUGUGCUACUUAUAAAUUUAAUAAAAUAUAAUAUACCAUGAGCAUACAAAACAUUAAACAUACUUACUGUGAAAUAGGAUGACAUGAUGUAUUGUGGUAAAUAUGUUUUUGUGGUCUGUUAAAGAUGCUUCAAUCAGUAUAUAAUGGGAGAGACUGACCAAAGUAGGAUUUGACUGACCAAAGUACGCAUUGACAUAAAUGUAAUGUGGAUAUAUAGGGACUUUUGGCCAGGCUAAAGGGGUUUUGUAUUAGGACAGGGAUCUUGUAUAAGGGGGGCUGACAGUUUUUUUUUUUUUUAAAGUUUACAAAUUUGUGCAAUACAUAUAAAAAAAAAAAAGUUAAAAAAAUUGCCAAACACAGGACCCGCACCGGGUGCCAAAUGCUCUAGGUACGCCCCUGUACCCAGGGUGAGAUACUGCUGAUGUUGUUGUACCUGGCAUACCAACGACUUGUAAUUUGAAUGUGUUGAUGUUGUGAAUUACGGCUCAUCGGGUUCACACUAGGAGUCUUCUGUGUGGCAGUGUGCAUUCCCCCACCCUUUUUUCUUUCUGUACUCUCUCCCAUAUGAUAUAGUUUUCAAUAAAUUGCAAAUAUUUUAAAAAAGCCAAGAAAGUAAAAAGGCAGAGACACGCUGCAAACUAGCUUAAAAUCAUAUUAUUUAUUGACAUUUUAUGUAAAAAAAAAAAAAAAUGUUUUGCCAGAUUGUAUAAUAUAUAUAUAUAUAUAUAUAACUAAACAUCCAGGCAGUACAUUACAGAUACUGAAAUAUCAUCAAAAUAACUCAUUGUACCUCAACACAAAUGGUUCGUGGUUUGUUUUUAUGACACAACUGUGAGUGUGAUAGAAAUUAACAUGGUCAAAAUCUUUUGCGGAAAGAUUUUGAAAUCUUGCAUGUAAUAUGUAAACAUAACUGAAACUCUGUCUAAGCGGUAUAAUGUGCUCCUUAUCAUCCUUAUUUGAGGGAGGAUUUGCCAUGUCUUAAUAUUAUUUCCUACGCAAUAGCAUUUCCUCCAAUGUGUUUUACCAGUGAGAUGGUUUGCCUCUCACUAAUGUGCAAUUCCUUUUUUCCUCCAGUUUCCACUUCUCCUGUGCAGUGAGUAGGAAGUUGUGAUGCAGAGCCUACUUGCUCACAGAGUUAUCUAUUCAAGGAGCAUAUUUUGAUGUUCUUCUUGGAGUGUCACGUGAAUGUGCGAUGAGAAAAUACAAAUUUAAUUAAAAUACAUGUUUUUUUUAAAUAAUUGAUCUGGGUUUAAUGUGUUAAAAUAUUCACUUUUUUAAAUUUUAUUUAUAUAUAUAUAUAUAUAUAUAUAUAUAUAUAUAUAUAUAUAUAUUAUUUCUCUUUAUUUACAUUUCUUUUUAUAAAGUGUUACAAAUACAAUACAAAAAAACAACAGAAAAAAAUUAUAUGAACUUCGUAAUAAGAGACUUUCCGAAUACAGAUAACUUGAUAAACAUAAUUAUUUAAGAGGAUCUAAUAAAUACUUAAGUAAAUCCUCUAUAUCUGUUCUUUCUAUCUUUUAAGCUCUUCAUACUAAUCAAAUAAUUUAUUACAUCAGCAUUGUUAUAUCUUAUCAUUUAUCAUUCUAUAUCAAAAACAGAAAUAAAAGAAACAAUCUACAUUCAUUCUAGCAAAAAUAAAUAAUUCAAUCCUCUUAUUUUAAUUUUAUUAUAUUCAUAUUUCAAUGUACCACUUGUAUGAAGCAGAAAUAGGCUAAGAAUACAUUUGCAAGUGUUCUACAUUUUGGUUUUAGAAAACUGAAGAAAUGUAUUUAGAAUGUAAAUAUAACAUGUCGUGUUCCCUAGGAGCUAGUGUAAACGCUGCAAAGCUACAUGAGACAGCACUCCACCAUGCAGCAAAGGUGAAAAAUAAAGAUCUAAUUGAGAUGCUUGUUGACUUUGGAGGAAAUGUAUAUGCCAGAGACAACAGGGGAAAAAAGCCUUCAGAUUACUCCUGGCCAAAUAGUCCGACUGCAAAAUGUUUGGAGUACUAUGAAAGUAAGCUUUAUUUAUGUGCCUGGUUAUGAACAUUUGAUUAACUAUUAUAAAAUAAGUUUAGUGCAUCUGAAUUAAUCAUGACAAUAAAGCAUGUGCUAUUCUGGAGCAAAAGAGCUAAAUUAAGAGCAAACACCAUAGAAACCAAUAGAAUGACUCCAUAUUUAACAUUUUGCACCUUGAUAAGUCUCCCCCCCCCCCUCCCAAUAGCUUAUCAGGCCAAUUAUUAUGAUUACGGUGCUUAUGUUUAUACUAUUGAAGUAUACAACCUUUGUUUGAGUGACUCAAGACACUUAUUAACAAAAUAAUAAAUUUCUAACAUAUUUUGACAUGCAUUUAUUAUGUGGACUUCAUAUAUAAAACAUGCAGUAUCAUUCAUCUGAUAUGUAUUUCAACUUUGCUUUACUUGUAAUGUGUUAAUUCAUAGUUUGCAUAGACAGUGUAAUAAAUUUAAGUUAUUGAACAGUUGAAAACCUUCAGAGUCUUAGUGAUUUGAUAUGUUAAUCAGGUCUAUGAUCACUUGUAUCUCCUCGAAAUAUAUCUAAACGCUCUUAUAUUACAGAAAUGCCAAGGAACUUGUCCCAACUCUGCAGAGUCAGUUUGAGAAAAGCUCUUGGUCAAAGACCAGUGCAGAAAAUCUCUAAAUUGAAUAUUCCUCCACGACUCAUAGGAUAUGUUUCAUAUGAUUAAACUGAUUAAAUUGCAGCAAGAUGCAACAUUUUGUCUUUUAAAAGGUACGUUAACUAUGCAACUGGAAAUGGCACUUUGUUAUACAAUUCCUUACAGUUUCUUAAAAUUUAUAGUUGCAAUGAAUUUAUUUUUCUAACUUAAAAUGUGUAAAAUAAAGUUUGAGUAAAUCCUCACUGCAAUUUGAAUCUGAUCUGAAACGAUGGCUAGCUGCUCUUUAGGGUGCACUUUGAAUUUAAAUUUAUUGUGCAGGAUUAUAGGAGAAUACUGUGUGAAUAUUGUGUGAAUAUAAAAUAAUCCACAUCUCCAAAUAGAGAUACAUUUAAUCAAUGCAUCUCCAUGGGGAACAUUAGCAUCUCCAUGCAGAGCGUGGGGACACAGAACACCAGUGCUGCACACUGUGCAGCAAUGGAAUAGGAACCACACCUAGUGGCCGCCUGAGUAACUGCCACUAGGAGUGUUACUAGGCACCAAUGUAAACACUGCCUUGUCUCUGAACAGGCUGUGUUUACAAUAAAAAGCCGGCAAGGACAGGCUAUAAACACCAGAACAACUACACUAAGCUGUAGUUGUUCUGGUGACUAUAGCAUUCCUUUAAGUACAGAAUUACACUUGGUUUCACGGUUUUCUUUUUUUGUUGCUCUGUCUUGUAUUUAAUAAAAUAAAGGUUUUUUUUGGGUGGGUGGGGGGGGGGUGUUAAUUUGAGACUCUUGGUAUGUGGGUUUCUGUUUAGGCACAUCAAUUUAAAGACAAUUUUAGUAUAUAUGUAACUAUAUAGUAUCCUCAAUGUACUGAUAUUAAUUAUUCAUUAUUCCUCUUUCUCUUUAGUCCUCACAGGCUAAAAAGAAGACAUUCGGUGACAAGUGGUAAAAUUGGCCUGCAGUUCUAACAAGCUGGAAGAGUUGGUUGAAGUAUCUUCAUACAGAAAUAGGAUUACGUUUCAGAAUGUAUUGUGUGUUCUGACAUUCCUGCAUUACAUAGCUUUCACAGACACCAAAGUGAAGUGUUAUUGUUUUCCUUUUUUUAAAUGUAAAACUGAGGCAGAAUGUGAUAACCUAUUCCUCUGCUCCAUGCUAAACUAGAAGUAUUACAAUUGAAAAAAAUGUAUAUAUCUAUUGUAUCAGAACCGGUCAGUACUACUGGGACUUUGACAUUUAAGUUUAAAAUUUAAACUUUCAUCUGGAUCUAUAUAUGUAUAUAGUAAUAUAUAUUAUUAAUUUAUACAUUUUAAAGCAAAGGUCGCAAAAUAAUCUCCAGUUCUUUGACAUUCGCACCUCAGGCAAAAUCCCUACAGGCUGUAUAAGCAUCAUAGAGUUUGCAGUUCCACAAUAUCUCGAUCAGAAUAUUGUAUUUAUACAUACAAAGCAGUAAACUAAGUCAGAUGUGAAUGCAAACAUUUAUUAUAUUUGUGUAAAAAAAUAAAAAUAAAAAAAAAACUGUUUACAUUGGGGAAUCCUGUGUGAAAAUGUAAUACAGAUAAUAAUAGAGCAUGUAGUCUGAUCAUCAACAUGUUUGCAAUAGUCUGUACAAAGCUUCUAGAAAUAACUGUAGUCUUGUAUAUGUUUUUUUAAAGCAAAAUGGUCAAUUCUCUGACAUUACAUACUACUGAAGUCUUUACUGGAAUGAACAGUGGAGUUAGGUUAAAAAAAAACCCACAAGUCUGCAGCACAUCUGUAUUUGGGACAAUGUCAUUGCUCCAUGAUACCCCAGAUGUGAUCAUAUGUGCACAUUUGUCUGUGAAUACGGCACUAUGGUUAUUUAGCUUAAUUUGCAGGGUAUACUCUGGCUAUAAUAGGACACAAGGUCUACAAUUACCUUUUUUUUUUUUAAUUUUUUUUUUUUUAAGUGAUAUCUCAUAACUAACAUUCAUGCAAAAAUCAACAAGAUAGUUCUACUUUAUUGUUUACAUGCUUUAUCUCAGGGGUGUUUAUAUGUGACAAUACAGUCGUUAUGGUACUCUAGUUAAUGACAUAAAUGUUAAUCAGCUGCUUGUAGUCUUUGCAUCUUGUACAGUUAUAUGGCAGGUGUAGACCAGUAAACUGCGUUAACUGUUUCAUGUCACUGUUUCUGACAUAAUUAUACCUGUUGUCUGAAUAGAAUAAUGUACAUCAAGAUAAAAAAGUUGCUAUUUUACUAGUUCUUCUAUCUGAUUCUUCUUUUUCCUACAUUUAAACUCUAAUAUCAACAGACUAGUCCAGUCUCUUCUGGUGGUUUCCAUUCAUUUGCAUGAGCAAUUCUUGUGUGUGCAUCUCUGUUGUCCCUAACCCUGCCUUUUCUAUUUAAUUGAAUUCAGUAUUCCGUACAUCUCAGCACCCAAGCCCAAUCAGGUGGUAAAUUAAUAUUCAUCAUUGUACGGUGAUAUUUCAGAAUAGUUUUAUAAAUGUUAGAUGCAGUCGACUAUACAUAUUUCCCCCCCCCUCUUUUUACAGCAAUGUUUCUAUUAUAUAUUAGCUGUAACUAUGAUUGAGCACACAAUCUCUGGCAAUUGCAGUGAGUGCCUGGAAUGCCAGGAAGGCACAUUUUUGAUUAAUUUUGUCUUGUGAAUGAGCAGUCUCCUAGUUCAUUAUUUAACAAACACUACAAGCUUUAAAAUGAAAUCUAAAACCAGAAAGUUUCCUCCGCUGCUCCAAUCAGCAUAUGCCACUUUCUCUAACUUCCCAAUUCACAUGCCACCCCCUGCAUUUUCUUAAUUACUAUCUCUCUCCUCUGACAUGUACUUUAUACUUUAUAUAUAAAAUAUAACCCAUCCCCUCUACAUUUCCCAAACUCAUCAUCUGUUGCCAUAUUUUCCCAAUGAGCUUACUCCAGUUCCUUCUCCCCAGCAAAUUAUUCAUGUGUUUAAGCCACUCAAACCAUAUUUUCUUAUUUGCAUUUCUCCAGUUCAUAAUUGUAGGCUCCUGUUCAUAGCCGCUCGUCCAAUUCUUCUAAAUAACUCCACGCAGCCAAAUUCAUCCAGUUCACCUCUGCCCAGUCACAUCCUUCAACAGAAUACCCAAUCCUAGCCACAUCUUUCCCCACUACAUCUCUCUAAGAACAUGGUUCCCUUUACUCCUUGUACAUACCCCCAGUAAUAAUUUCCUCCCUCCCAUAUCUAUCCUUAGUACAUCUCCCGGACCCACAUCCCAUCUAUAAACAUUUUUCCAUAUCUUUUAUUAUAUCUCCACUCAUCUCUCAGAGUAUAUCUUGCCUUAUUAUUCUAGCAUAUCUAAUACAGACACACACAUACUUACCUACAAACUCAAACACACAGCUACAUUCAUAAUGUACUAGCUAUUUACCUCUCACCUACCAGUUAGUGGGUAGGGCAUGAUUGUAACUGUUAUUUAUAUCAUAUACAUUUUUAGUAUUGUGCCUAUCUUGAUGUCUCAAUUGCUACCACAUUUCAGCCUAACUGUCGCCUUAUAUCUGUAUGUAAUAUAGAUUUACUAAAGUUGCCAGUAUGAUAUGUAUGUAAAACAAAACAAAUAUCUAAACCUCAUUAUGUGCCCAAAUUCUAGUUAAAAUUAUUAAUGGAAUUAUAGAAGGUUCAAGUUAAUUUCAAUACCCAGAAGGGCUAAAGCCCAAAAAAUUUUUUCUAGAAACCUAUGUCUAGCUCAACUCAAG